AUGAAGCUUUCAUCGGGACUUUUCGUCCUUUUAGAGAAUGCUCACGCAGCGGUUGCACCCGGGCCACGGACAAAUGAUGAUACCGCGUACGGUGAUAUGGUCUUUUCCGGAUGCCAGUAUGAACGAAUGCUGAAAGAUCCUCGACUCCCGUCCGGCCUUCAUUUCAAUCAUGACGGCUCAGCCUGCUCUUCUCCUCUCGAACGAACUUUUCCCCCAUGGAGAGGCUAUCAAGACGACGCUGAUGGAAAAUUCAUCGUUCCCUACUUCUUCGACUUCGGCUACAACAACACCGAGUACGAUGGAUUCCUAGGAGAACAUUCUGCUAGCGCGAUCAGAUGGAAGCUCGGCGAGAUGAACAAGAAACUCAAUGUCAAAUUCGUCGAGAUCUAUCAAGACGAAGUUGAUUUGUACCCAGACCAUAUCGAGAUCGUCAACGAGGAGAACGAUGAUUUCCUCAGCGCCUGCGCCUCCUACAUCGGCAAAAUCGGCGGCAAGCAAAAAUGGUACAUGCGACCCGACUGCGCCUUCCACGACUACUCCCAAGUCAACCACUUCGCCAUGUAUAUCCUCGGAUUCGGACCAGCCUUCACACGAUCCGGUUACGACUUCGCCGGCGCGGGCUAUCAUGAAAUAUCAAAUGAAGAUAUCGACAAAAUCAACGGCUACUAUCCACUUGACGAAGACAAUUUAUGUCUAAAUGGGUUGAAUAAAUGUCCAGCCGAAGCAUCUUGUCGCCCUAUUCCACACUAUGAUAAGUAUAUUUGCGACUGCCCUGCUGGAACCAUCACAAGCAUGGAUUCUUACGACAUGUACAACGAUCAAAAAUGCGUUGUUCCAGACCACCUCUACUUGUUCGAGUGGACAAAUACCACCCAUUUUCACGGCUAUGAGCUAAGAGCAGCUCCAUAUCUCGAAUUCAGAGACGCCAACGGAUCCUACAUUUGGGAUUAUGAUCACAAACAGGAAAUCUACGCCAGGGCAAAUUUGAUCAGUUUUGGUCCCUCAGAUGCACCUGUCUCUCCGGAAUUCUGGCCAGAAAUUCAAGAUAACGUUGUAAAAUUCGAUUAUGGAUCGACUGGUUUUUACGACAUGGUCGUACCGGAACCUGGCUACUAUCAGUUCGCCUAUGAGAUCGUCGACGGACAAGGGAAUAAGUUCUUCCCAGAGUUUGACACAGAAGGAGAAACUUACGAUGUUACCCAACUCGCGCCAGUCGCCGUCACCAUGGACAAUAUUCCUGAAAUCUUGCCAAACAAUGUUACUCACGAAGUAUCGAUGCAAAUGAUCAAUGAGCUCGGCGAGCCCGUCUUUCUCGGCCCUCAACUCUACCACUGGAUGGACUUUGAGUGGGAUCUUUGGAUUGAGUACCAAAACCCUGAUGCCAACUGGACUUGGAAAUCAUAUAUUGACGGAAGUAGCUGCGAUGAAAAUGGAGCGAUCACUUUCAAAAUGAACCUGAUCGACUACGCCGAUGCCCCAGGCAGGUCCAGAAGAAAUGCGAAAACUUUCCCCCUCGGAGCGUCAACAAGCUCGCGAAGAGAGGAGAGAAAAGCGAUCGCUCAGUACGGUGAUAAGAUUUGGCCACGAUACGUUACCCCAGGUCCGGUCCGAUUGUUCUUCGCCAAUUGGGGAUUCAACGAAAUGAUCAAAGAUCUACCAAUUGAGGAAACUAAAUUUCACUACUCUGAAUGGUUUAUUUUCGCAUCCGCAAACUGCACCGACUGCCACGAACACGCCCAAUGCAACGAUGAAGGCAUGUGCGAGUGCAACGAAGGAUUUAGCGGCGAUGGCUACUCCUACUGCAUUCCUAAAAUUCCUGAAAUACUCAAGGAUCAUUUGUCUGCGAUUUCAAGAAGGAACUCUGUGACGACUUGGACCUUCCAAAGCCUGAAUGGAAAGGACGAAGAGGAAUGCGAUACAUUUACAAAUCUGAAGCAGGCUCUCUUAUGGCCAUGA